AUGCCAUUUCGCGACGAGGAAUGGGAAGAGCUGCAGCGCGACUGCGACAUCUUCCCAGCCUAUAGCGACUAUCUUUACGGCCCAGAUAAACGUCUCGUAGUCACUCAAGAGCCCGGAUUGCACCCUCUGGUUUACCCAGUGCACGCUCCACAAACAGUUCGGUAUGCUACCAAGAAGGCGUCGCGAUCCGGGUUGUAUAGGAUGGUUCAUACGGGACUUCCAAACGCCGCUAGUAUUGCGCUUCAGUCUUCUUCAAAUGAUGGCCAGAUCAAUGGUAAUGUAAACAAGAAUAUCGACAAUGUCACACCUGGGGUCGACGUGCUUUCUCAGACGGCAAUGUCUGUGGACCCGUCGCCUCCUUCCCGAGCGCUUCGCACUGUUUCCGAAAAAGAAGAGGCAAAGAGCCAGGCAAAGGGCCAGCAGCGAAAUCACCGCCAGUCCAAGUCAGCACCUUCACAAAAUGCAGGAUCAAAGCCAACAAAAGCGGACACGCAGUGGUCACAGUCAAAGAAUUCGACAAAGCACUCUACACCUACAGCACAAGAGCCUCCACAAACUCCGCACCUUCAUUCGUCUUCCGCCACUGAUGUCAAGGAAGAACCGAUUCAUACCGAGUCACAUCAGAAGCUCAGCGGAACUUCGACACCAGCCUCUACUUUGUCGAUACCACUCCACUCCGGGUUUCCUUCCAUGCAACAUGUUUUACAAGUCGCCAUGCUUCAGCCCGAUGAUAUUGUUCGUGAUCCGCGCUACCUAUGCUUCAAUCCUCAGGAGCGCGACCAGAUUCGAAAUUACCUCUCCGCAUGUUGGCACAUUGCAAGUCACCAUCCCGACUCGAACCAAAGGGCAGAAGCACUCUUAAGCAUUAGGAGCUUUAGCAUGACUGUACGUGACAAAACCAAGUCUGUGGAAGCAGGUGUUGUACAGCCUGGCAGCGGACAGACAACUAUGAAUGUCUCAGGAUCGCAAGUACAACGACAAGAGUCAUCGUACCAACAGCAAUCGGGUCGCAUGGAGCCGGUACAAGAUCAGCGAAAGUUUUCUCAGCCCUGCUCAUCGCCCGCCUUCGCAUCAACUCAACCAGCCUUUCCUUAUCCGACUGGUCAUAAACCAUCCCAACAAACUGGACAGUCAUUGUGCCAUAUGACUGUAAAUUCCCUGUAUCAUCUGUCCAAGCAGAGCCAACCACAAGUGACUCAAUACGGCCAUACCUCGCCAUCGAAACCUCCAUCCGGACAGCAGUCUCCGACAUCGGCCCGUGACACCGCAGCCAUACCAUCUCAAGCCUCAGCCCAGCUCAGAGCAACCCUUAAUCGUUACAUACCCCAGGUGUGGCAAUGUCUCGUGCUUACCAACCAGGAUUCAAAGCUUACUACGGAAGCUGAUGUGCAGAAACGGGAACGUGCGCAGCAAUGGCUCACGGCAUUUAAGAGCCGUUUGUCUGAAGAGGGGCGAAUGUACAUGGCGCGAGUUGUUAACUGGAUGUACGGUGAAAGGACCGCGGGAAGGGAUCCAAUGGCUUCUCUGAAAGCCCGGGCUUAA